GACCAGGGUGCCGUUUCACGAAAGCCUCUUAGCGCUACGACCUCCUAAACCACGUCGUAAAGCACCUCUUAAAUAUUUGUGCCGUUUCACAAAGACCUCCUAAUUUUACACCCCACCGUAAACAACCUCCUAACCUACGAUAGGUAUGGGGCACUUGUAACUAGCUUACGACAUCCUAAGUCAGCGUCUAAUAUGGCGACACUAUUGAGAAUUAAAGAAAUUUUGAACAGGAGAAACAUUAGGCGAGAGCGAAUAUUCAGGGAUAGGACUGAAGUGUUGGAUACUUUGACCGACACGGAACUGAUUGCCAGGUAUCGCUUUCCUCGACACACCAUCCUACAGCUGGUUGAUCGGGUCAGCGCGGAUAUCUCUCGGCCGACCCAACGUUCGUGUGCCUUACCUGUCCAUGUGCAGGUGUUAGUAACGCUUAGAUACUUUUCAAAAGGGGGAUUCCUGAGCGAAUUAGGAGAUAUACAUGGUAUUGCCAAAUCAAGUGUUUGUCGCGUGUUGGAAAAGACGACAGAUGCAAUCGUAAAGUCGUAUGACUUGAUCCGGUUUCCAACGCCCGACAAACACGCUAAACUAGCGGAGGAUUUCUUCCACAUCUGUGGUUUUCCGAAAGUUGUUGGCUGCAUAGAUUGUACUUUGAUACCCAUUCAACGACCAGCAUUAGAUGAAGCAGUAUAUGUGUGCAGAAAAGGAUUCCACGCCAUCAAUGUGCAAGCUGUGUGCGACGCCCAACUCCGAUUCACAAACAUUAUUGUCCAAUGGCCAGGAUCAACCCAUGAUUCACAUAUUUUCAACAACUGCAAUUUGAAAAGGCAUCUGGAGGAAGGGAAAUAUGACAUCUGGCUUCUUGGUGAUUCAGGGUAUGCCUGUAGACCCUACCUCCUGACACCUGUCAACAACCCUGCAAAUGAAAAAGAGGAGAAAUACAACCGCUGUCAUAUUGGAACAAGGAACUCAGUUGAGAGGGCAUUUGGAUUGUGCAAAUCUAGAUUCAGGUGUCUACACAAAACGACAGGAUGCCUGUUAUUCAGCCCACAGAAGAGCAUCAAAAUUAUUACUGCCUGCUUUCAACUUCAUAAUUUGGCAAUAUUACUGAGGUUGCCUGAGCCUGAUGUUCUUUGUGAGAAUCCUGGACCAGAGGUGGACAGCAGUCCUGCUGAUAACCACAACAUGGAUGGAUGUAGAGUCAGGGGAAAUCUUAUCAACUCUAGGUUUUAAAUGAGGGCCAGGCUCUGUCUUUGGAUGUCACGGAUGUCCCGCUGCACAGACAGAAUUUCCUCAAGGAGAGACAUCUUUCUCUCCUCCUGGGCUUGUAAGGACCUUAUCUCUCCCAGAAUGUCUUCUGAAAAUAUUUAGACAAUUUUGGGUUAUAUCAAUGAUAUUUGGAUGUUCAUUAAUAUUAUUUUAUUAAACAUUUAUGAUCAUGAUAUGUAAUACUGAAACCACUACAUUAUGAACAAAUAUAUGCCAUACCUUCAUUAGAUGUUUUCUUGAUCAGAGGCUUCCCUUUAGGUUUUCCUUGAAAACAAAUUUAUAUUGUUAUUAACUAGAAUUCAUGAUAUAGUGACUUGAUUUUUUAAUGUUAAUACAAAUUUACUAUUGAAUAAAAUUGCAUAAUGUUUAAUACAUACUGGUUCUGAUAGCAGGAGUCAUCAUUAUAUCCUCCAGACUGGCUUGGUUCUUUUCUGAAAUGUAUAUAAUAUUUUUAAGAUAAUUGUAACUGCUAACAUCUCACAUGGGGUACCAGUAUUCAGUUUGUUCAUAUGUAUUUACAGCAUACACUUGGAUUUUUAGAAUAAAAUAGCACCAAGUAUAUGAAUUUAUUCACCAUGUCAGUGUAAAUUGUAACAUUUGAUUAUCUUUAUUAUUAAAAAUUAUUUCAUACCUGUGAUAGUUCCACAAUCAUUUUCUCCUGUGCUUGUAGCUGUCAGUGGAGUGUAAAACACCUCCUGUGGAGAAUCUGAAAUAGAUAAGUUGUGAGUGCACUAAAAUAUUUGUAUUGAAGAUAUUGCUUAAUUGUGCCUGACCGUUAAGUGCAUCGAGAAAUCUCAAAUAUUUCUUUUGUAUACAUGUGUUCAUUUAUAAUACAUUUAAUAUGUAAGGGGAAUUUGCCAAUAUGCAGGAGGUAUUAGUUUUUGAAUAUGGCAAUAUUUAGUUUAUUUACAUCUUCAAAACAAAGAAAUAAAUAAGUUUGAAGUAUUAUUUACCAAACAUUAAUGCCUGUGUAGCUUCUUCAGCUUCAUCAGCUACUGAAGGAAUCAUGCUGAACACUGUUAAAUAAAUAAAACAUAUUUUUCAUUGGUGUUAUCAUAACAAAUACUGUCAAUAUGUCAUAAAUAUACCAUCAAAUACCAAUAAAACUUGAUUAAGUUACAUACUUUAUUGACUUUAGUACACAUGUACAUGAAUCCCAAGAAGGAAGUGUCAUCAUUACCAGGUGUUUCCAUGCCUCCUGAGAUCCCCUCAAUAGCACAGGAUGGAAUCAGUUGUAGAAUCUAUUUAAAGAAGGAAUUGGUGGCUAUAUUACUAUAAUAAUAGUUUAUUUUAAAAUGUGUAAUACACAAUUAGUUUUUCAUGAAUUAUGUCUAUUGUCACACAAACUCAAUAUGUUUCAAACCAUUUUACUUUAUCAGGUACAUAUUGAAACAUUUUGUUUGUAGGCUUCAUGCUGACAUGAAUUUAUGUUAAUUAUUUACCCUCUUUUCAGUUGCAGUUAGGUCAUCUGGGGGUGGUCCACCACCAGUCCUCCUAGCAUUCAGCCUCCUGGCUGACUCUGCCUUCUUCACACAUCCCUUCAUGUCCGUCCAUUUCUUACGUACUUCAUCCUCAUUCCGGGUUAUGUCACCAGUGGCAUUUAGUCUGAUAUUCAAAAUUAUUAUUAUUUUAUAUUAUUAUGAUUAGUAAUGGUCUCAUUUGUGAAAAUUAUUUGAAAUUGGUAUCUUUAUUUAAAAAUAUGACUGUACUGUGUAAAAUUCGUGUAAGAUGUUACUUUAUUUGUUCAUCAUGAAAAAACUGACAAGAUUGAUGAUGUGGUUUUGAGGAACAAUCACUCACCCACUCUCCUGUUCUUUCAUAUUUGAUCAUUAUGCAAUAAUCAUUAACAGUGAGAGGUUAAUAAAAUUUUGAAGUGAA